UCCACUUUUACACUUGUUCCUCAAACAGGACAGCAUCAAUUAAAGCACACCAGCACAGUCUAAAGGUGAAGACCAUGAAGGUUCUUGUGGUGCUCACACUUGCUGUGGUUACAGGCUGCCAGGCCAACCUAUUCUAUGCUGAUGAGCCCAAACCACAGCUGGAGCAGCUGACAGAUGCAUUCUGGAGCUAUGUUUCUAAAGCAACACAAACUGCAGAAGAAUCUAUUAAGAUGAUCAGAGAGUCUCAACUGGGUCAAGAAGUCAAUGAAAGACUGACCCAGAGUGCUGAUAUGGCCAGUGAAUAUGCCGUCACCCUCAAGAAACAGGUGGAUCCUCUGACUGAAGAGCUGAUGAACAAAAUCACCAAGGAGACUGAAGUGCUGAGGGAGCGUCUGGGCCAGGACCUGAUCAACGUGAGAGAGAAACUUGAGCCCUAUGCUGACAACAUGAAGAGCCAGAUCCAGCAGAGAGUUGAGGAGCUCAGGGCGGCCAUGGCUCCAUAUGCUGACUCCCUGGAUUCUGAGACCCUGAAGGCCACUCUGCUCCAGAAGAGUGAGGAGCUGAGAGGAAACCUGGAGCAGAGCGUGAAGGAGCUGCAGGUUCAGCUGGAGCCCUACACUGCUGAACUCAAGGGGAAAGUGGACCAGCAUCUGCAGGAGUUUCAGAAGACCGUGACUCCCCUGACCGAGGAUCUGCAGGUCCAGAUUAGAGAGAGAGCCCAGAUGGUCCAACAGAGUCUUACACCAUAUGCUGAAGAUGUGAAGGAGAAGCUGGACCCCUACGCACAAAACCUGAAGGACCAGCUCACCUCUCUGUACGAGUCUUUCACCAAGAGAAAUUAAAUGCAUUAAAGACUUCCCUUUUGUUACCAAAAGAACUCUUUACAAACUUCAAAAUUUGACAUAUUUGAUCCACAUUUCUUUUUGUCGAUUCAUCCUACCAUGCCAUAAAUUAAGUCUAGUCUCCUAAAUUACACUGUGCAAUAUUCAAUGUCCUUUACAUUUGCAAAUGUUCUGUAUUAAUGUGUGGUGCUGGAUAUUUAUUUAAUAAAAUAUCAAAUGUUUCUCAGACAAAA